CAUUUUUUCUGAUUUUGAAACACAACACACAAAGGAAUUAAAAGUGCAAUAAUAAGCCUUCAAUCAUGUCUGCCUUCAAGAGCAAGUACCAAGAUGAAUUGAUUGCAAAUGCCACAUAUAUUGGGACGCCGGGGAAGGGUAUCCUUGCGGCGGAUGAAUCAACCGGCACCAUCGGAAAGCGUCUAUCCAGCAUCAAUGUUGAGAACAACGAGGCGAACCGCCGCGCCCUCCGCGAGCUCCUCUUCACGGCUCCCGGCUGCGUUCAGUGCCUCAGUGGUGUCAUCAUGUUUGAGGAAACUCUCUAUCAAAAAACUGCUGCAGGAAAACUGUUUGUGGAAGUAUUGAAGGAAAACAAGGUACUGACUGGGAUCAAAGUAGACAAAGGAACAAUUGAACUUCCAGGAACAAACGGUGAAACCACAACACAAGGCUUAGACGACCUUGGUCAACGCUGCAAGAAGUACUACGAAGCCGGCGCAAGGUUUGCAAAAUGGCGCGCCGUUCUCAAGAUCGGCGCCAACGAGCCGACACCUCACGCCAUCCACGAGAACGCCUACGGCUUGGCUCGUUACGCCGCCAUAUGCCAAGAGAACGGACUGGUUCCCAUCGUGGAGCCGGAGAUCCUCUCCGAUGGCUCGCAUGACAUUAACAAGUGUGCUGACGUCACGGAGAGAGUUCUGGCGGCGUGUUACAAGGCCUUGAGCGACCAUCAUGUGCUUCUAGAAGGUACUCUCUUGAAGCCUAACAUGGUGACUCCCGGUGCCGAUUCGGCCAGGGUGAAGCCGGAGGUUAUCGCAGAGCAUACUGUUAGGGCGUUGUUGAGGACUGUGCCGGCCGCCGUUCCGGCCAUCGUGUUCUUGUCUGGUGGACAGAGUGAGGAGGAAGCAACUGUUAACCUCAAUGCCAUGAACAUGCUCAAGGGUAAGAAGCCAUGGUCACUAACAUUCUCUUAUGGAAGAGCACUUCAGCAAAGUACUCUUAAGGCUUGGGCUGGCAAAACAGAGAACAUUCCUAAGGCACAAGCUGCAUUGCUCACUAGGUGCAAGGCUAACUCACAAGCAACCAUGGGAACUUACAAGGGUGAUGCUAACAUCGACGGCGCCUCCGAAUCCCUCCAUGUCAAGGACUACAAAUACUAAGGCUCGUUUAGUAAUUGUUUUAGAGGAUACAACUUUUUCGUUCUCUAAAUAGAUUUGUAUUACCUAAUAUUUUGGUAUUUCUGUUUUGCAACGGCUUCUAAAAGUACCCUAAGAGAGUUUGAGUGUUAAUGAUAGUUUAAGAAUAAUAAUC